UUCAAACCGAGCAGCCGUUGAUGAUUUUAAACGUUGUUAGCGGUUAGCUGAAUUUUUCAGAUAAAGCGAAUAAUAAUAAGCCUUUCAGCAUUUUAUGUGUGAACAGGAGUUCUCCAAAACUACUGGUGGAAGAAGUACCCAGAUGUUAACAACAUGCAACCAGAGAUUGAAGAUAACACCUGAACACCGACUGAUAAUCUACUGUGACUGUUUCAGGAAACUCCUCGACGGGGGACGAUCCUUGAGGCCGCGGUCUCUCUCUUUCUGUGAACUGAGACGGCUCAUCACAUGCCUGCGUGGACAUAAGCCUCUGCUUCAAACGCGCAGCGGGAGGGAACCGGGAGAAGUGCAGCGCUGCCUGACAUCCUCGAUGAUGACAUCUUCAAACACCCCCCUGCACUCCGCAGACACACCCAGCGCUCACUGCAGCUUUCAACAUUCAUCAUGUCAAAGACGUCGGCUAAGGCUGAAAGGUUGCUGGUUCAAAUCCCUGCACAAACAGGCUACACUUUACGGGAAGAAGAUAUUUUCAACCAGGAUAUUUUUGGACCAGAUUUUCUUCGGCGUCCUCUGCAUCCUCUGUUCCAUUGUCCUGAUAUGAGUCCGUCUCCAACCGUCCCCACUUCAGUUGAAUAUGUCAAAGCUGCAGACGUCAAAGUCAUCGCUGCACUGGGAGACUCCUUAACUACAGCUAUCGGCGCCAACGGUUCCACGAUUUUAUCGAUCCCUUUUGAAUUUCGUCACGUGUCUUGGAGCAUCGGAGGAUAUGGGACUUAUCAAAAUGUCAUCACGCUGGCAAAUAUUUUUAAACUCUUCAACCCCAAACUGCUCGGUCCGUCCCCCGUGUGGACCUUCAACGGUGUCCCAACGACUGUCAACGAGACCGGCUUCAACUUCGCCGUCACCGGCCACAACACGCUAAACGUCUCAGAUCAGAUUAGACACAUGAUCGACACGUUCAGGUCGUAUCCAGGUCUGAACUAUGACGAGGACUGGAAGGUGGUGACGAUGCUGAUCGGCAUGAACGACAUCUGCGAUUACUGCAAAGACAAAACUCUGUUCUCUCCGGACAACUUCAUUCAGCACAUGACAGAAGCUCUGGACUUGAUGAUGAACGAGAUCCCCAGGACGAUCGUGAACGUGGUGCAGAUUCUUUCCAUGAAGCCUCUCAGACAAGUUCAGAGGCCGACUCUGGGCUGUCAGCUGCAAAAGCGUUUCUGCUCGUGCCUCGUUCGGCCUGAAGAAAACUCCGCUGAGCUGGCAGAGCUGGUCGAGAUGAACGUGGAAUUCCAGAGGAGAUUAAAGAAGCUUCUUCACGGCGAUCGUUUCUUCAAGAAGGACUUUGCUGUUGUUCUGCAGCCUUAUUUAGAGACCGCAAGACCUCCGAGACUUCCCGACGGGACGAUUGAUGUGAGCUUCUUCACGGCAGAUUGUUUCCACUUCACGAUUAAAGGACACGAGGAGCUGGCAAAGGGACUGUGGAACAACAUGUUCCAGCCUGAUGGAGGGAAACAGGCGAUAACGACACUUUCAGAGCCGAUAAACCUCAUCUGCCCGACAAAGGAGCAUCCGUACAUCUACACCAGACCCGGGGUGGAGUCGUCUGCACCGACGCUGAAACAUUUCUCCGUGGUGCCGAUGCUCUCUGUGUUCGUCCUGUUUAAUUAUCUGUAG